UCAAUGUUUACACAAAACUAAAGGUUGUUUCCAUAUGAAAAAAAAUCUACAUUACAUAUGUAGAGGGAAGGGAAAACAAUUGACAUCAAUUUUUCAAUAAAUAUUAAGUUUGGCCCACUGUGAAUUUGAGUUUGACACUCCUGCUGUAGAGUGGACGCUGCACUACGCUCAGUUCCGGGAGACGUUCGACCAGUAAGCACCAAUCAUAUGAUCCGAUCUUUCAGGGUCAUUGUUAUCGCCUUCUUUCAAUUUCGCGCAUGCGCACUUCAUUUUGAAAAUGGCGGCCGUACAAGGUGGUCUGGUCGAUGCAGGCGCGGAAAAAGACAUAAAAUCGGAACAAUCGACUGACGGUUGGGCUAACAACAAUAACACAAACGAUGGUAGACUUCUCUCUGCUUCCCCAGGCUCCAAUGCAUCGACAGGAAGCAACAGCAAGACGACGGCGCCGGUGGCGGCGGGAGACACAGAGGACCAGCAGACCCUUCUGGCAGUUUUGCAAUUCCUACGCAAAAACAAACUGUCUGAUUCGGUCGAAGUGUUGCGUCGUGAAGCGGGAUUACCAGAAGAUUUGCUGGAUACUAAAAGCGGCGACUCCUCAGGGACAGGCUCCGGAGGUGCUGCGGGCAGUGCGGACACAGAAGCCGGUGACUCGAGCUCUCUGCUCAGUCGGGUGACUAUCUCAUCCUCCACUGCAGCCCCAUCCCCCAAAAAAGCUCUGAGUGGGGGGGACCAGCCUGAUGUCAGCGUGGUUCUCUCAGCUUAUAGUCAGCAGGGAGAUCCAGCUCUGUAUGAGACCUACUACAGUGGCCUGAAGAAGUUCAUAGAAUCGGUUUUGGACUGUCACAGAGCAGAGUUGUCGCAGCUCUUUUACCCACUGUUUGUACACAUGUACCUGGAGCUGGUGUACAACAACCAUGAAAGUGAGGCCAAGGCUUUCUUUGAAAAGUUUAAUGGGGACCAGGAGUGCUACUAUCAAGAUGACCUGCGUGUUUUGUCCAGCCUGACGAAGAAGGAGCACAUGAGGGGCAACGAAACUCUCCUCGACUUCCGCACCAGCAAGUUUGUCCUGCGAAUCUCCCGCGACUCCUACCAGCUGCUGAAGCGACACCUGCAGGAGCGGCAAAACAACCAGAUCUGGAACAUCAUCCAGGAGCAUCUGUUCAUUGACAUCUUUGAUGGGAUGCCACGCAGCAAGAGUCAGAUUGACGCCAUGUCCGGCAGCUUGGCUGGAGAGGCCAAGAGAGAAGCCAAUAAGACCAAGGUUUACUACGGAUUACUUAAGGAACCAGAAAUCGAGCUGCCUCUUGACGACGAGGAUGAUGAGGCAGAAAAUGAGGAAGGCAAACCCAAAAAAAAGAAACCGAAAAAGGACAGUAUGGGUUCAAAGAGCAAGAAGCAGGAUCCAAACGCACCUUCACAAAAUAGGAUACCUUUGCCUGAGUUAAAAGAUUCAGACAAACUGGAUAAGAUCAUGUACAUGAAGGAAGCCACCAAAAGGAUCCGUCUGGGACCGGAUAACCUCCCUUCUGUCUGUUUCUACACUUUUCUCAACGCGUACCAGGGUUUGACUGCAGUCGACUUCACAGAUGACUCCAGUUUGCUGGCAGGAGGCUUCGCUGACUCCACGGUGAGGGUUUGGAGCAUCACACCAAAGAAGCUCUGCAAGGUCAAGUCUGCAGCAGACUUGAAUCUAAUUGACAAAGAGUCUGAUGAUGUGUUGGAGAGGAUCAUGGACGAGAAGACGGCCAGCGAGUCAAAGGUCCUGUAUGGACACAGUGGUCCAGUGUACAGCAUCAGUUUCAGUCCCGACAGGAACUACCUUUUGUCGAGUUCUGAAGACGGUACCGCCAGACUGUGGAGUCUCCUCACGUUCACGUGUCUUGUGGGCUACAAGGGUCACAAUUACCCAGUGUGGGACACACACUUUUCUCCACAUGGGUACUACUUUGUCUCAGGAGGACAUGACAGAGUGGCACGUCUGUGGGCGACAGAUCACUACCAGCCCCUCAGGAUCUUCUCUGGCCACCUGGCCGACGUCACCUGCACCCACUUUCACCCCAACUCUAAUUACGUAGCGACAGGGUCAUCUGACCGAACCAUCCGCCUUUGGGACGUCCUGAAUGGAAACUGCGUACGGAUUUUCACUGGUCAUAAGGGCCCGAUCCAUGCACUGGCCUUCUCUCCCAAUGGGAAGUUCCUGGCCUCUGGGGCCACAGAUGGACGAGUCCUUCUGUGGGACAUCGGACAUGGACUGAUGAUCGGAGAGCUCAAAGGCCACACAGAUACCAUCUACGCUCUGAAGUGCAGCAGGGAUGGUGAGAUCCUUGCCUCAGGUUCAAUGGACAACACAGUCCGUCUGUGGGACUCCAUGAAAGCUUUUGAUGAUUUAGAGACUGAUGACUUCACAGCAGCCACAGGACACAUUCAUCUACAGGACAACUCCCCGGAGCUCCUGCUGGGCACAUACAUGACCAAGUCAACACCUGUGGUUCACCUCCACUUCACCAGGAGGAAUCUGCUGCUGGCUGCUGGGGCCUACAACCCGUAGGACAUAAAACAGUGGGAGGACAGAUUUCUGUAUGAACUGUGAACCAGUCUACAUCCAGUGAACAGCUAGACAGCUCUUACCUGACAGACAGGUGACCUUCUGUUGUAUUGGCACGGAGUCAGUGAGAUUGAUGAAACAGUCUUUUAUUGAUACUCCUUGCCACCAGAUGUGCCAUUGUUGACUGAUGACCAUUUAUUAAGAAUAAAACACACGGCCAUGACAACAAUGCCACUCAACACGGGGCAAAUAUUUCUGUAUCAUAGUCUUUUAUAUUGGUGUGAACUGUAAAUAAAACAAAGUGUUUUUCUA